CUGAGGAGUUCAGAAUGAGCCUGGGCAGAGAAAGUUACCGCUGGACGGUCUCUCACAUGUCGUGCAGUGCUUGUGUUUAAAGGAUACAUACUUUUAGAAAAAGGUUAGUACCGACAUUACACAUUAUUAGGCUACAUUUGAGCAGGGCGUUAAGACGUCAAGAAGCUAAUUGGCGUCAACAUAGCACGACAAGGUACUGGACCUCACGGACAGGAAAGGUUUCUCCGUAAAGAAGGUGAAACACAGGAGUCACACUGUAAGAGGAGGACUAGAAACCUAAACCUGGGGAGACACCAGAGCCCCAGGGUGCAGGAAUGGAGCAGCUCAUAGAGUCACUGGAAAGAAAGCUGCAGAGACCCCUACUGGCAAAGUCCCGUACUCUCCCCAGCAUCCCCCAGUCCCCCACAGUCUCCCGAGUCCAUCACUCUGAUCUGAUUGGUGGGAGUCCUCCCCGCAGGAAGAACCCACCUGCUGCCAGCAGCCACCCGAAGGCUUGCACCCUGCCACCUGCAGGUGAGCUGUGGCGUCUGGAGGAUGACAUGGAGGGGGAAGACGAGCCCCAGCAUGGAGGCUGCAGCGAGGCCCGCCCCCGCUCCCAGUCACCCUUUUCCCAUUUCCGAGCACGUGCCGCCUACCUGCGCAAGAGCGUCUCAGCGGAUGAUCACCUGGACCUGGGCUCAGAAAACAGCUCGGGGACUGCAGCUGAAGGCAAAGUGAGCCGAGGCAACAAGGGGAAGUUGAAGAGAAAGUUUAGUCUGGGCUCAGCUGAUCGGAGGGAGAAUCCGAAUAAGAGGUCAGAGACGGGGAUCUACAAAUUCACUCAUCGCCUCUCCCUCAAAGAGCGUGUGGCAAAGGCAGAGAAGACUACGUCAGACAGACCCUCAUCCUACAGGAGACGCUCCUUGAGUGUGGACUGGGCUGACUCUGCCAAGAUGACGCAGCCCAUGAGGGGGGACCAGGCCCACCAGCCGGCCCCAGCCCGCAAGGCGGCCAGCCUGUCCUCACCAAGUGCAGCCCGCCGCCUUUACCGCAACUUGUCUGGAAAGUUCCGUGUAGGCACCAACCCCCCUGCCCUGGAGGACAGCCUGGUGUCAGGACGGGUGGCAGACAAGGAAAGGCUGCGCAAAACCACCAUAUUCCAGAGUAACGAAGCGUUGUUUGAAGCGGUAGAGCAUCAGGAGUUGGACCUGGUGCAGCUGCUUCUGUCCCAGUACAGUCUGGAGGAGCUGGACUUCAACACCCCAAACAGUGAGGGCCUCCUACCUCUCGAUAUCGCUAUCAUGACCAACAACGUGCCCAUGGCCAAGCUGCUCCUGCGAGCGGGUGCCAAGGAGAGCCCCCACUUCAUGAGUCUGGAGGGACGAGCGGUGCAUUUGGCCACCUUGGUGCAGGAGGCUGAGCAGCGGGUGUCAGAGCUCCAGGCCCAGGUUCGAAGCGAGGGUCCAGCUGAGCGGGAGGGAUCGGACCGGGAAAGGCAGCUAAAGGCCUGGGAGUGGAGGCUACGGCUCUUCAGACGAAUGCAGACUGGCUUUGAGCAUGCUAACCCUCCAGACGCUCCCAGUGUAGUUCGCCUGUCGGUCAGCAGCAGCACCAGUCUGAGGGUGGACUUCCAGGAACCGCAAUGUGUCAACUCUGCUGUGGUUACCAAGUACAAAGUGAGCUGGAGCAAUGCUCCUUCACUCAGUCCUUUGCUGUGUGAGCUUGUGGUUGAGGACACCAAUCUGCUUCAGGGAAACAUCACUGGACUCACUUCUGGGAAUCAUUACUAUGUCCAGGUGUCUGCCUACAACAUGAAGGGCUGGGGGCCACCAGUCAUUUCUACCCCUGCCUGCGCUGCACCUUCCAGUUGGAGGGAUAUUGAUGGCCGUGCUCCACGUCAGAGAGGCCAGAAGGAGGCGUUAGACCAGCUACUGGGACAGAUCAAAGAAGCUCACCGCCACUGCGUCUGCCAUGAACAGUGCAAAGCUCCAACACAAGGGAGGAAGCAUUCGGUAUCCAAAAGCCUGCGCCACCUCUUUCAACCCAACAGCAAAUUUGUGAAAAGCUUGAAAAGAGGACUCUAUCUGACCACCAUAUUUUACCGAGAUGACAACGUGUUGGUGACUCCAGAGGACCAGAUCCCUAUUGUGGAGGUCGAAGACUCCUACCCAAGCUCCCUCAUGCAGGACUUCCUCUGGUUUACUAAGGUAUCGUAUCUAUGGGAGGAGAUUCCCUGGCUGCAGCAGUGUCUCAGUCCCUCCCAGUCGUCCUGCUCCUGUACACUCCAGACUCGCCUGAAGAUGCUGCAGGCUGUCUCCCAGCUACAGGGCAUGCUGGGGACGCAGGACCUCGGUCAGGUGUAUUUUGAGCCAAUCAAAGACAAACAUGGAAACGCUCUGCUGGUGCUCCUAAAAGAUAUGAACACCUGUCCCAACCUGGAUGGGGUUCGUUGGACGCAGCUCUGCAAACUCCAGCUCCAGCGCAAGUCGGUCUCGUCUCCUGAAGAGCCCACGGCCUUAGACAUGCUCCUCAUCACGCUCCAUGAGAAGCUGGCAUAUCACAGGCGGGGCAGGAAGAUGUUGUCUCCAGGUUUGUACUUGGGCUACCUGAAGCUUUGUACAUCAGUGGAGCAGAUUAGAGUGCUGGUGCCGCAGAAACUCCCCAACGUCCUCUGUCACACCAAGAUUCGAGACAACUGCACUGUGUCCAGAGAGGAGUGGCAAUGGCUGCAGGCUCUCAGCUCUCUCGAGGAGACGUUGGAAAUGGACUGUGAAGAACAGAGUGCUCCACAUCGCCUCCUUCAGGACCUGCGCAGUGCCAUCAAGGACCUGAUGGCACACAUCAACAUCCCAGGCAAUCAGGCCCAUGACUUUCGGAUCUACAGCCAGGAAGUGGUGGAGUUUGGAGAGAACGUGUCCUUCCUGCUUCUUCUGCCACCUUCAGAUGAAGUGUGCACAGCUCCUGGUCAGAACAACUCGUACUCCCCUCGCUCUGGCUUCCUCACCCUGCCCCUGCAGAUCUUUGAACUGGUCCACUUUAAUGCCUAUUGCCCCAGCUUCAUCGGCCAGUACUGCAGAGUGUCGGCUCUGCUGGAGCUGGAGUCCCUCAUGUCCCAGCAGGCUUUGAGGGAGGCGUUCUCUGAGGCCGAGCUUAAUGCUGCGAAGAAGAAACACCAGCAGGUCCAGGAGCACAUUCAGCAAAUGGAGGAGGUGUGGCGUGACGCAAGAUGGAUCAUGGAUGCCUUGCAAUAUGCUCGCUACAAACAGCCAACAGGAGGAAUCUCCAUAAGCUGGAUUAUUGACUUCUCCAAGGAAGUGCUCCCUGAAAAGCCUCCCUCCACCUCCUCUCAGCCAGACUUCAUGCCCUCCCCGAUGCCUUCACCCGAAGCCUGCCACAAGCACUCAGAUUUUGCAGGACUGUCCGAUGAAGAGGGUUCCUCAGAGGUCUUCCUCACCACCGACAGUGACUAUGACUCGAGCCGUGCCCAGAGUCCUCGUGAGCUGGACUUGUUGCCCCCCUCCCCCCUCUCGUCUUCUGCGCCGUUAGAGCCCCGCUGUUUCCUGCGUAGUGACGGGAGCGGCUCAGCUGGAGUGUUGUGUCUCGGUGGGAGUGGACGUGGAGGGGGAGCUCUGAGGGAUUCCACGCCAGAUGUACUACAAGCCUCAGAGCCACAGCACAGGGGGGACAGUGAGCACUGUGGCGUGGGAGGAGGAGGAGGAGGAGUCCGAAGGGGGGCUCCGGAGCUGUUUGACAGUGACUUCAUCCUGCCCAGCAGACAGAUAGAGCUGCUGCACAUCACAGAGAAGAGACAGGCCUUCUGUGUGAGAACCAGCAGCCUGGAGUUCCCCUCCUCCACCUCGGCCCAUCACCAGCCUUACUGCCACCACACCACCUUCCCCUCGCCCUCCACCUCACCACGGAGAAGGUGUCACAGGCCGUCCUCUGUGGACCGUUGUUGUUCAGCAGAACGAUGCUUACCACCACUUCCCCCAGCGCGUACGUUAUCGGAGGACAGCGGCACUCAAAGACUCUCCUCGCCGUCUCCUGCUGCCCACAGGAAAGGCAGUCAUGCCACACUCAGAGUGUACCCACAGUACCGUACAGGCCUGCCAAAAGAGACCAGCGUGAAGCUCUGUGUCACUCCGGGAACAUCAGCACAGGAGAUGGUCCAGCUGGUGGUGCAGGAGAUGAACGUGGUAUGUCGGCGCAUGCUCAGUAGCAGUGGAGGAGGAGGAGAUCAGGAACAGUGCGUGUACUACAGUCCUGAACAGUUGAAGCACUUUGGCCUUGUGCUGGUUUUGGACAAUAGAGAAAAAUGGCUGCAGGAUGAUUUCUGUCCCCUGGAGCUCCAAAACCCCUGGCUGAGGGGAAAACUGUGCGUCCGAAUAAAAGAGUAUUCACCUCUAGCGCUCAAACACAGCCGGGCCACGACGGUGUGAUUCUUCCAGGAGAGAGAAUCAGAUUCAAGAGUUCAUGAAGGAACUGCUGGAACUAUUGUACAAAAAGGCACCCAAACUUGAAACUACCCACCUACACUCACACUGUGGUGUUCCACAAAGGCAUCUUCGACAUAUUUCUGCUGUGUUCAUGCUGAAAGACUCCUGUUUCUAUCAAAUUUGUUUUUUUAUGAUCAUCAGGGACCCUUGUAUGGACACCAAAUUAAUUAUAACAAAAUGGAUCAAAGAUAAAGGAACUCUACAAUCUGAAGAGUGAUCUGAUGCUGAGCGACAUCACUGGGGCGUCACUUUGAUUGACAAGUUGCCAAAAUGUCAUGAGCAGCAUCUCUGGCUUCUCUGCAACACGUGGACACGGCUUUUCCUCUGAACUAUCUCAUUGUGUCGUUCCUGAAGAGCUGUUCGCUGCAGCCGUUGGCCCCUUGUUACCAGGAUGUGAGCUCUGGACUUGAGUCAGAGGGCAAGAAGGAAGGGAAAAGUGCCAAAUGGGGGCUGAGUGACUCCACUUUGGGACGCACUCGGCCAAUGAUUUGGCCCUUCACUCAACUGCUCUUGGCUACUGUACUGUCUGGUAGAAAUGGCCAAAAAAAGGGAGAAAGAGCUUGAGGGGAGAGUGAGGAAAUGGAGGAGGGUGGAGGUUGCAUCUUUUGAACCUGGCACUGGCUCCCUGGUGCUCUUUCCCUACCUUUUGCAACAACAAAUCUUCUGUAUAUUAGACUCAGUCAAAGUGUAGCUAAAGAAAUAGGAUUAACCACCUCAAUAAAACCAACCUCAAAACCAGCUCAUUUGGAUAUUUGCAACCAAGAAAAAAACAAGCAAUACUUGACUCUUUCUGUUUUUCUAAUCGAGAAAAGCAUGUAAUCCUUCCACAAAUGUGCUGAGUACAUCUGAAGUACUGUAGUCAUGCCGUGCUACAAGUUAACCAGUCCAGUGUUUUUGUUGUGUUUGCUUCAGUGGUUUUGCCAGAUGCAUCAGAAAUCGGUGCCCGUCAGUCUAGAGCAGGGUCUCCCAAAGGGUUUCUGGUGUGAACGGGAUGACUCAAGUUGUGAAGAGGCCUGGUGUUUGUUAGCAAAGAAAAAUACCAUAUAGUCCCCUGAACUGCCUCAGAACUGAACUGUUCCAUAUAAAAAGGCUUAACUCGGAAAUGCAGGAAGCAGAAAAGCUUGUUUUAGUCACCUUACUAACCUGUAGAAAAAGUUAAAGACUGAAAACAAAACUGGCACACUUGUCCUUUUGCUUUUUGUGACCUUUGCCUAUAAGUUAUAUCUUUCAGUUGAGAGUUCACUGAUCUGUUUUUACCUCAAAUACCAAAACACUGGGGUGUCAUCUUUUUAGAAUGAAACACAAUUCUUUAACUACACAUUAGAUAAAGCCUCUUAACAGUCUAAACCUGGGCUGCUUGACUUAAGCUUUUAGUUUUCAUUAAUACUAGUAGACCCUCUAAAAGUUGUAGCAUUAAUUAAAUUCACUUCUUUUAAUUCAGUUUAGGUUUCAGGACUGAAAUAGACUGUUAAAAAUAACAUAGUUACCAUUAUGUUUCAUCACAGAGAAAGCUCAUUUCAAAAUGAGGAUGAACCGCGUGUCAGCUUUUAACUCGGGUCACGCAGUUAGCCUGCUUUCUGCUGGACAGGAAGGUGCCAAACACCGGUGGUUAGCUUGUGCUAGCAUGUGGUAGCUUGCAGUGUAGGUACAAGCAGUAAAUCUACACAGUAAGUCCUGCAGGGGGCAUGCUGCUGGGAGGGCACACAUUACAUAAGCAGUCAGCUAACGACAAUGCUAAUGCUAAACAAAGGCAGUAAUGAUUGUGUACAUGUUUGAAAAGGGAGUGAGCACACUGGAUAUUGUUUUAUAAAAUGAUCCCUCCACCGGUUAAGUCCUCAGAACUGAGGAGAGUUUAGAGACAGCUGAUUCUUCACACUGAUAUUUUGGCUUUAGCAUGGCUUGCAGCUGCUAACUAGCUAACUGAUGAGUUAACAAGUGAAGACAAAGAGUCUUGAGACAAAGAGGUAACAUUUCAAUUAACAAGUGCUUAAAUUGUGUCUUUUUUU